CACCGCGCCGGCUCUGCGCAUGCUCCCGCGUAAACAAUAUGUUGGGGAAAUUAGGUGUCUCUCUUUGGGAAGUCGAGUUUUAAAAGCUCGGGCAGACCAUGCUAUGACGACUUCACUGAUCCUGCAUCCACGCUGGGCGGAUACCUUCAUGUACGUGUAUGAGGAGAACCGAAUGAAAAUAAUCAGAAUAAAAUCCCAGCCAUGGAAGGGCUAGGUGGGAAACUGCCCAGCGAGCCACUGCAGGGAAUUAAUCACUCACCCGGUCUUGGGUCGUCAUUCCAGCACCAUUGGGACUCACCAGGGCUCUGUCUACACGGAUAUACCUGCGCCAGAUGCCACCAGGCAGUGCCCGGCUCCGCCAGCCUCGUCCAACGCCACCUUGGGCUAUGGCUAUCCCUUUGGAGGCAGCUACUACGGAUGCCGCUUGUCCCAUUCCCACAACGUGAACUUACAACAGAAGCCUUGCUCCUACCACCCAGCCGAGAAAUACCCCGAGCCCAGCGGCUCCCUCCCCAGCGAAGAACUAUCCUCAAGGGCCAAAGAGUUCGCUUUUUACCCGAGCUUUGCCGGCUCCUACCAGGCGGUCCCUGGUUAUUUGGACGUAUCAGUGGUUCCAGGUAUCAGUGGGCACCCAGAGCCAAGGCACGAUGCGCUGCUUCCCAUGGAAGGAUACCAGCACUGGGCUCUGUCCAAUGGUUGGGACGGGCAGGUCUAUUGCUCGAAAGAGCAGUCACAGUCGACCCAUCUCUGGAAAUCACCUUUCCCAGAUGUGGUCCCUCUGCAGCCCGAAGUGAGCAGCUACCGUAGGGGCCGAAAGAAACGAGUCCCCUACACGAAAAUCCAGCUGAAAGAAUUAGAAAAGGAGUACGCCGCCAGCAAGUUCAUUACCAAAGAGAAGCGGAGAAGGAUUUCAGCGACCACUAAUCUUUCCGAGCGCCAGGUUACCAUUUGGUUUCAGAACCGCAGGGUGAAAGAGAAGAAAGUGGUUAGCAAAUCUAAGACACCUCACCUUCACGCGACCUGACAAAAGAGAUCUUUGGGAAGGAAAGCAAAACACACACACACACAAAGGGGAGAGGUGGGAAAAGCAAAAAAAUAAAGUAAAAAUGCAGAUAUUUAUCGGAUAAAUUUGUAUAAAUGAGAACAUGCAGUCGAACUCUUUGAUAAUUAAUUUGAUUAUUUAAAAAAACAGAGGGGAGCCAAAAGAAGAAGAAUUAACCGCCAUCUUUGGCUUAUUCUUUCUACCCAUGUACUGCCGUCUUUAACUGUGAAUCCGGUCGUCCUUCUGAAACGUCUCUUUUUUGAUAUGACUUCCAGUGCCCAAUGAACCAGGGGGGAGGAGAGCGCGAGAGAAAGUAGUAUGUAGAUUUGUUAUCUUUGGGAUUCGGAAGGGUCUUUGCUAGCGCUGUCCCCCACUGUCUCUCCCCUUACCACCGAUCAAAGAUCCCGCCCCCCUUCUUCGGUUGUUUCUAUUGUAAAAAAAUUAUAUAAAUAUAUAUAUAAAUACAUACAUAUAUAUAUAUAUAUGAAGAACGUAUUCACAGCGAUUCCAAUAAAGAUUCCCUAGAUUUCCUUUUGUUUCUUUAGGGUGGACCUAAAAAAAAAGAGAGAGAAAUGAGGCUGCUAUCGUGAGGUUAUUAUUAUUAUUUUGUCGUUGUCGUCGUUUUCCUUGAUUUUAAUCACUUCAAGCAUACAGGUCGAUCGUGUUACCAGUCCUGAGUUUAAUUUAAACAGUUUAAAGCGAUUGGCAGUGUAAUUCCAAAGGCAGGAUCCAGCCAAAGAUAACCACUUCCGAGUCCACUGGAUUUCGGUGGGAGAGGAUCAGGCGAUGGGAUUAAACUCUUCCAUCGGCAGGAAUAGGAUUUAACCUUGCUUAACUCUGGAUGGAUCAUGCCCCUGUAAAAAAAAUUGUCUUGUUUUCUGGAAUAUGUUCUCACUGAGGUUGAUUUGUUGUUGCUAUUGUUCUUUGUUUUGUUUUUUGUUGUUGUUGUUUUCCGCCAUAGAACUGGAAUGUUUAUUCUCCAUCGACAGUAUGGAAAGUGCUCAAUAUUUGUUCCGUUUAUUAAUUUUUUUUCUAUAUCAUAUUAAGAGCAGUGAGUGUUCUUUCGCCAUGUUAAAGCGAUCCAUUUUUUUAAGAAAAAGGGGGAAAUGUCUUGUAUAUGUAUAUAAUGUGGUGUCCGAAUGAUAUGUACUGAAUGCAGAAUACAUUUCUUAAAAAUAAA